AUGUAUGUGAAAUGGUUUGAUACAGUAAUGUUUUACUAUGUGAUUUUAGUGAAUUUAGUGAAUGUCACUUUUUGUCAUUUUCAAAUUUCCCCGCCAGUUCCGUCCCCGUACGUCCCGACGUCGCAGGGGAUGGAACCCAGAAGACAGAUGCCGGCAUCUGCCGGAGGACAUUGCCGGGGACACUGCAGGAGGGACAUCGCGGGAGCGCAGGACAAGGUAAGAGAAGAACAGAUCCUGGAGCAGUGCAGCAUGGUAAGCCCGAGUGUAGCUCGGGGUUACCACUUGUGCUACACUCGGGAAUACCGCCAGGGAGGUUAAG